AUGGCUGUGCGUUAUGGUGUCCUUUUGGAAGAGAACCGAGGGCCAUCGGCAUGUCCUAUUAUUCUUCACAAUCUACUUCACUUCAAGGAUGAUAUAAAAAAUUUCAGUGGCCUUGACAACUAUUCUUGUUGGACCAAGGAACGUGCAGUCAAGAGAUACACAAGGAACCCAAGCAAUUGCAAGAACAUAGAAUGCACCUUUGCUGCGUCUGAGUCCCGUCGUGAAUCACUGAAAGUAAUCAAAGAAAGAGAAAGCCAAACCCCUAACGAAGAUAGUGUGAAUGAAGAUUUAGUAAGCACUUGCAAUAAAAUAACGCGGCAGUGCAACUUUGUGUGUGUGUGUGCAUGUGUGUGUGUGUGUGUGUGUGUGUGUGUACUGUAUACCGCGGGUGUCUCAAAAAAAAGUAUCGAUGUUUGAUUUGUUAUACCGUUAAAACUGGACAAGGAGUUUCAAUCAAAUAGACUUCACCGAAUUCAGAAAGGCCUAACUUAAAUUUUGAUAUAUGACUUGAAGAUAUUUGAGCAAACUGAAUGAAAUACUACAGUUUCAUUUGGAGAAGCAAUUUUGAAAAUGCUUAAAAUUACAUUAAAUCGGCCUAUCAAAUUAACAUUUAAUUUAAUGCUGUUCUUGUCAACACAACGCACGAUAAAUAAUGUUUACACCUAUAUAACAUCGUGCUCUGCCGUUAACCAUGCCAGAAAAAGCGCUUUGUAUCAUUUGUACAUCUAAACUUUGGCACGUUAAGAUAACUGCUUGGCGGAGCUGUGUCAAAUUCCUAGGCUGCUGCUCAUGCGGGACGUUCCAGAUUUGUUGCUUGAAUUCGAACUUUGGCAUUCGAAUUUUUCAUUUCCCACAAGGCCCAAAGGUCAAAAUAUUUUAUGUAAACCAUAAAAUAAUACAAGAUUGAAGCUAACUUCUUUAAAAUUUACAAUACUCCCGAAAAAAUACCAAAUGUCUUCAAAUACAUUUAAUAAGCCGUUUUAGUUGAUUUUUUCGCCAAUUUUCAAACAGAACUUUGGUUAAAAACAUUUAUAUCUCGCCCAAUAUGAAAUGAAAGAUCUAGCACUGUAUACCAAAAUUUGGAUUUCUCUUGAUAUAGUUGUGGGCAAAAUCUAUUGAUCAGGCACGGAAAUUGUAUAAAGCAAGCCAAGUGGUUCAAGAGAAAAGUUCUAUAGGGAUUUUAGUUGGUGGUCCACAUCGCUUUGUAUUGUCGUAUCAAAUACAACAUGAAAUUGCAGUAAUGAGCGAUGUCCGUAAUAAUGAUGUUAUUGAUGGUGCAACUAGUUACAGAAGUAUCUGGAAACCCAAUCAUGGAUUUAAUGGUCUACUAUACAGAGUUAGAGAAGAAGCAAUUGUUGUUGCCAGUCAGGGUGGUGAAGUUUCUGUACAAAUACAGAAAAUAUUUACAGUUCUUGUUGCAGGACAAAGUAAACAUUUCCUGUAUUGUAGCGUAUUUAAAGAAGUGGUCGGCAAUAAUGACAGUGGAAGACUGGUUCAGACUAGUGAAAACACAAUUGUUGUUCCCGCAGAGAAUAUCAGUCGUAAAAUUAUGGUCGCAAAAGCUGACCCUACUAAUGGGCAGCCAACAUUCCUAAUUGUUGACUACAUGAGACGAAUUUUCCCUGUUCGACCUGGAACUGUUGUUGUUCCGUACUUCCCAUGCAUUAAUGAUAUGAUUCUUGUUAGAGGAGAUAAUGAAGAUACAGUCUGGAGGGCCAGAGUUUUAUCCUUUCGAAUGAGAAGACAGGACGUUUCUGGCUGCUUCUUUCGCCAGCGACCUGAUAGGCUAUGGGAACCAGAAGGGACUCGGAAUCAACAAAUAAUGUUUGUCAGUAUCCUGGGUAUUGUAAAGGGUACCUGGGUUGUCCAGUUUUCUCGCUGGCAAGACCUAUGA